UGUCUUGCAGGUGACGUCUGAGGAGGACAUCCAGCAGGCCCUGGACGCCUGCAAGAACAAAUUCAGGAGGCUGGACGCUGUCGUCAACUGCGCCGGCAUUGCCGUGGCUUUCAAAACCUUCAAUCUCAAGAAGAACAUCGUGCAUUAUUUAGAGGAUUUUGAGAAUGUCGUCAAGAUGAACAUGGUAGGCACGUUCAACGUGAUCAGAUUGUCGGCGAGUUUGAUGAACGAGAACGAGCCUAAAGCUGACGGCCUGUGAGGCGUCGUCGUCAACACGGCCAGCAUGGCCUACGACGGACAGGUGGGGCAGGCUGCAUACGCGGCUAGCAAGGGGGGGAUCGUAAGCAUGACGCUCCCCAUCGCCAGGGAUCUCGCCCCCAUGGGGGUGAGGGUCUGCACAAUAGCCCCUGGUCUAUUCCGGACUCCCCUGCUGGAAGCACUGCCGGAGAAGAUCCAGACGUUCCUAGCCAACAACGUACCAUUUCCCCAGCGUCUGGGGGAGCCCGAUGAGUUCGCUCAGCUUGUGCAGGCCAUCAUCUUAAAGCCCAUGAUGAACGGGGAGGUCAUCAGGCUCGACGGCGCCCUCAGGAGGCAGCCAUAAAUGGGGUUCUAAGAUGGACGAGUGGCAUGGUUUCUUGGUGCUCGUCUCUUGUUACUUUGGUGCCUGUGGGUUCUGUAGGUAUAUGAAAGCGUGAUACGCAUGUUCGCUAGUACACCGCAAAAGUUUCAUGAGCGAUAAGAUAUGCACAGAUAGACGAGGGGCAUGGUUUCUUGGUGCUGGCUCCUGUUGCUUAGUGCGUGUGAGUUGUACGAAAGCGUGAUAGUCUGCUACAGAACAGAAAUUUUAUAAGAAGACUUGUUACUACGGUAUGAUAGAUUUAUGUAAGGUUUUGCUACCAUUAAAGACGGUCAUUGUUCGGUACUCAGAACUGACAAUUUCAAAGUUUGCGGAGAGCGCAUGGGUUUGGGUAGAGCGAUCAGGCAGAGCAUGGACAAGAAAUAUGUAAAACUUUCAAGGAAUUGAUUCUCGUCUCCACGAUUCAUGCGUCAGAUAUUCUCACAACCUGUAAAUAUUUGCUAAGCAAGUUACAGUUCAGAGAACCGUUCAGCAGGCGAGUCUUCCUUCAGUGUAGCGGACCACAAGCUACACCUGUGGGUAUCGGUUCCCCGCUUGAGCAAGUAUGAUCUCUUAGUUGUGUCAUCAUUGCAUUUAUUAUAGAGUCUCUCGGCUAGAACGAGAGUUGUAAAUUUUAUUCUCGCACCUUCCUGCGGUGUUUUUGUCAGCAGGUUGAAAUCCCUCCUGCCACGCUCCUGGUAUUAUCUAAGUGAAGUUGAAAUAUAUUACCUUCAUA